AUGUCUUUGAAAAAACCUUGUCCAACCGUUGAUGGUGUUGUAAACAACGUCAAGUGGCCAAGCACCAUUACUUCGACUUUAUCAAACCCACCAUGUGUCGAUAAAAACAAGGAACUCCUGUACCGAAGUUGUGUGAAGGGCCAAUGGGGCCCAGAACCGAAAUGUUUCUACGUCCAACCCGAGUCGAUCCCUGAUUGUCCCGAAGGUUACAUUCAAACGAACAACAUUUGCUACACCUAUCUGAACUCAACCUUCCCUCCAAAAUGCCCAUCGGCAAACCUACUACCUUUCAAAACCUACAUAAUGAGCGUGCCCCAAGACGCACCCAUCUGGAUGCCCAUAACUCGCGAUUUGGGCAACGGCUUAGGGCCCAUGCAAUGGGUCGAGCUCACCGAUUUCUACAAAACCACAUAUUCCGACUACACCAUGCCCCAAAUCGGCAGCGACAAAAACUGUGUUUUAUACCACCAAGGUGCCACAACUGCAGUUUCGUGCAACGAAACCCACCUAGCAAUUUGCGCCUACAGCCAAGACCAAUGGACAGCUGAUAGCGUCUGCACUCGGAUGGACGACUGCACCCAAGCUGAUUUUUUCGACACUACUACAUGUGUGUGUUUGGUGAACACCACCGAUAAUUCGCAAAAGAAAGCCGAGUUUGUUUCCCCGGUCCAAAACCACAUCUACACGGCCAUCCAAGCUGGAGGUCCGUGCAGUUUUGGGCUCGAAAAGUUAGACAAUAGGUACGUUUGGAGCAAUUCGAGGCAAGAAAUUGGUUAUACUUUCUGGGCACCUGACGCUGUUUUCGGCGACAAUCUCACGUACGGAGCUGUGAGUGCAAAUGGUUGGGUUUUGACGCAACAACCACUCAGCUGCGCCUUGGUUCAAGCUGACGUGGCUGCAGCUGAACCAAGUUUGUUCCUAAACUAUUCGCAAGAACCACUCAAUCCUUUGAUUGAACUACGAAUUGAUAAUUACCACAGCGUCAAAAAGAUCAAGUCUGAAAUUCAGUUCUAUUGCUUCACUGAUAGUGAUGUUGAGGCGUUGAUCUAUCGAUAUGACAUAGUUGGUGGUGGAGAAUUUUUGGAUGAUAACACUGUAGCUUUUACUUUUGAGCCACUGUCUCUAGAUCCAGGACAUUACUGGUGCGAAGCUGUUAAACUUCUUGACUCAAGCGUUAUCAAAAGUAAUACUUUGUUCUACGAACCGGCCUCCUAUUACGAGUUUACAUCAACCUGGGAAGUGUUUUAUAGCGAGAAUGCGGACCCAAUAGGUGCAGGCACAGUCACUCUAAUAACUAAAGUUUUCUCGUCAUUGUUUGCCCACGAGUCAUUGUAUGUACCGAGAAUCAUGAAAAUGUACAACUUGAAUACAACUAGGAAAUCUCUGCUGGUGAAAAUCCACAUUUCAUCUACAACUACAAUUGGCAGUGAGGACGAAAACGCUGAACACCUUGCCAAUGAGGUGCUGCAUUUGCCUUCAAAUGCUUCAAAUCCUGAAGGAACAGUACUAUUUCUUGAUCUACUAAGUUCAAAAAACUGUUUUGCUGAAACCAAUGGCGUAAUAACUUGGCCGAAAGUUCCACUAGGAGCUACAACGUUUCCACACGAAUUUUGCUUUUCUCAAAGCGCCACUCGCGUUUCCCGGGAUUGUAGUGGCGAUUUUAUCAGUGGGGCCCAGUGGACACCGUAUGAAGCCUGUGAACGUCUGGACUACUCUACCGUAACCAGCGACCUGCUUAACUUAAUGCCAGAGCUAAAUGAUGAUACUUCCGACAGUCUUUUUAACAUUUCAAUUAACUACGAAAUGUUCAAUGCUUUGGAUGUCUAUUUAGUUGGCGAAAUGUUCCACGAAAUCGCGCUUUCCCCACAUGUUGUGGAAAAUUUUGUUAAAACCGUUAACAACCUUCUGAACCUUGGGCGUGAUGUUUUGACUGAGUCUCAAAUGAAAACUAAAGCAGCUCAAAAAUUUCUCGACUUCAUCAGUUGGCAACCGUCGAAAGUUGAUAUGAAUAUAGCGACAAGAAAUUUAGCUUUCUACUCUUUGAACAAGAAAGACAUGGUUGGAGUGUCAGUGGAAGGCUCACAAACACACGUACAAACCUCCCACGGGUUUAAGUUUUUUGACAGUGCUAUUGUGCUAAGUCCAGGGCUUUGCUCCCAAAUCCCUGAGGACCGAAAAAUCACAAUUUCGCUAUUUUUCCAAGACUAUUUCUUUCCAACUUCGUAUAACGUCGCCACGCCAGUUUUUGGCAUGUUUGUGUCGCUUGAGUUUGACAAACCCGUUCAAGUUUUAUACAAAACCGGCGAAAAAACCGUAAAUGAAACAUGCUUGCGUUGGAAUAAUUUCGGAGAUUGGGACGAAACCGGCAAAGCUCGAAAAAACGGUUCUUUGCUCAUUUGUGAGUUUUACCAAAGCGGCUUCUACUCGAUUAUUUACGACAGUGAGAACGUGACCGAUCAACUUAUAGACGUGCUAGAGUCGAACGAAACGGCCGCUGUGAAAAUCAACCAACUCUCGCACAUUUCGGAGCAGUGGGAAAAAUUCAAACCGGUUGAUAUCUCAUACGCCGGCAAAAUCCUACAAGAGGUGGCGAACGAUGACAAGAUCAGUUUGCACCACUUGGCGAAGUUUGUGAGCAAUUCGCAUAAAAUUAAAAAAGAGUUUUUGCACGAAAGCCAAAUGGUGGAUAAAGCCACCGACCGGAUUCUCCAAACCGUUGAUCUCAUUUUGCAAAACCAAAAACACCAAGUUGAGAUUAACACCGAGCACUUUGCCGUGUUGAAAGUAGACUUGGAAACGACCAACUUCACUGGAGCUGUCCUGUAUCACGACAAUAGAACAUUGAUUAUUCGGGUUUUGGAAGGUGAUGAUUUUGUCGACUACAAUGAGGAUUUUGACAGUGCUGUUUUACUGAGCCCAGAAUUGAGACAACAGUUGGCAUCACACGGAAAAAUUAUUCUGACGGUUUACUCAAACAAUGUGCUCUUCAACGAGGAAUCUAACGCAACCACAAGUAACGCCAUACUUGGGGUAAUUCUUCCCCCAGUUGGUAAAUACCAAGGUCCAGUUUCCAUAAUCCACAAAACUGACGAAAACGAUUUUGACAACUGGUGUGUCUAUUGGCAGUUCAGUAACCCUUCUAGUCACUGGCAGAAAGACAGCGGGAGCAGCCAAGCGUCCAGUUUCCUCAAGUGUGACUACUGGCACACCACCCACUUUGCCCUUCUCCUGCUCCCACGGAGCGACUUUGACGACGAAACCAACGACAACUCCACACUUCUCGACUACAUAACUUCAAUUAACAACAUACUGUCAUUCGCGUCGCUUUGUUGCAUCCUCCUCACUGCCGCCCUCUUCAAGCAGUGGAGACGCAACACCGGCAACCGAAUCCUGCUCAACUUCGUCGUGGUAUUGCUGCUCCAAACCACAGUUUUCUACCUCUCGGGGUCAAUUUCCCGCUUUAGUAGCUACGUCUCUUGCACCAUUUCCGGCGCCCUCCUCCACUACUUCACCAUUUCGGAGUUUUGCUGGAUGCUUGUGAUUGCGUUUCUGCAGUAUAGGCGCUUUGUGGCCGUUCUGGAGGCGCCCCCCAGGUUUGUCCUGCUCAAAGGGUGUCUGUGUGGCUGGGGGGUGCCCUUAAUUCCGGUUCUAUCGGUUUUGGUUUUUGACCAAAACUCCUACAUUUUGGAUUCUACCGAGAUUUGCUACCCGGCAGGUUUGAGUCUUUUUCUGGCCGUUUGGUUGCCAGUCGCUCUAAUUGUUGCAAUAAAUAGUGUUCUUUUUGUGAUUAUUUUGUACAAUAUUGUGAGGCGAAAGACAGAAUGUGCGGGCAAAAAUAACGAGGCUAUGUAUCAGUUGCGACUGGCGGUUUUCCUGUUCUUUAUGUUUGGGCUGACGUGGGUUUUUGGCAUGUUGGCCAGUUUAGAGGGCGGGAUUUUCUUUCUGUAUUUGUUUACAAUGACAGGGACGUUGCAAGGUGUUGUUUUAUUUUUAUUCUUUAUUGUGUUCAAUGCCAAUACGAGGAGGUUGUAUGUUCGUGCAUUUAAGAGAUUUAAUUUUAAUUUUAUUGUAAAUCAUAUGUUUUGAAAUAAUGGUAAAGAAUAAAGUCUAUAAGUAUGUCAAAAUUUGGAAAAUCAAUCUUCAAAAAAUUGGAGGAAGUUAACACUGCUUGCAAGACAUUGCAACGUUGACACAAGAUAAGAUAAGACUUUGGGCUUAAAUCAAACCUUGGUUUUUUCUUCCUUAAAUGUACUAUAUUAAAAAAAUAGCAAAAGACAGCUAGUACUGAAGUCUCUCCUUAAUACACACAUCCGGCUUCUAAACGGAUGUUUAUCUGAACGUAAUUGUUGCCUCAUUUAAAUAAUAUAUUUGUUUUAAUUUUUUUCCUGUUGGUGAUACCAUUGUAAUAAAGAUAUUUUGUUGACAAAACUUAUCGGUGCAUUAUAACAAAUAGAGAAAUCUCAAUGCACAGUUGGUUACUGUUUUCAUCAAGUGGAAUAUGCAUUUUCUAAUUUUAUUUGCACUUGUGACUGAAGCGUUUUCCCAAAACUUAAUUUGUGAAAGUGUAGAUGGUAUUUUAAAUAAUGUUAAAUGGUUGAGUACCAAUACCUCGACUUUGUCACAACCACUUUGUGUUGACACGAAAAAAGAACUAUUGUACAGAAGUUGUGUGAAUGGAGAAUGGGAACCAGAACCUGAGUGUUUUUACAUACAACCACAGUCUAUGCCACAAUGUCCAGAUGGUUUUACUGAGGUUGACGAUUUCUGCUACACAUUUUUGGAAACUACUUUUCCUCCGAACUGUCCAUCGGCAAAUGUUUUACCUUUUAACUACUACAUAGAGGAAGUGAAUCAAGACGAACCAAUUUGGAUGCCAAUUACAAGGGAUUUGACCAACGGUUUUGGCCCAAUGCAGUGGGUGGAACCUUCGAGUUUAUAUAAAAAAACUUAUACAAAUUAUUCCAUCUCUGAAAUUAUCAGUGACAAAAAUUGUAUUUUAUACAACCGAGGUUCAGCAACUGCUGUUUCGUGCAAUGAAACGCAUCGGGCAAUUUGUGCUUACAUUAAAAACAAAAGGUACAUUGAUGAUGCGUGUUGGCGUAGAUUUACGGACUUUUGUAUCCAAAUUGACUUGCUUGAUGAUUUUAAAUGUGUAUGUAUGAAAAACACCUUCGACUAUUUUGCAAAGAAAGCUGAGUUUUUAUCACCUUGGCAAAAUACUAGGCUCAGUUAUCUAAUUACAGAACCUUGCACUUUUGGACUUGAAAAAUCCAACAACACGUACAUGUGGAGUGAUUCAAAACAAGAAAUUAAUUAUACUUGGUGGUCACAAGAUGCAGUUUUUCACGAUGGUCUUAAAUACGGAGCUGUUACUGAAGAUGGUUGGAUUUUGACAGAACAACCACUAAAUUGUUUGUUGUAUGAAGUGGAAUUAGAAGAAAGGGAACCGCGUUUGAGAUUGGAUUAUUUCUAUGAUAUUUUUUCGUUGAAUUUGAAUUUUAAAUUUGAAAUUAUUUUCACAACAGAAGUUUUUUGUUUUACUGAUGCCUAUAAUGAAUCAUUAGUUUAUCGAUACGAAUAUGUGGAAAGGGACUCAAGCGAUCUUUUCUUCUUUAAGCCAAUUAUAGAAGCUCCUGGACACUACUGGUGCGAAGCAUUAGAUUUUGUUGAUGGAACUUUUGUCAAAAGUAAUAUUUAUUUUUACAAACCACGUUUCAACCAUUAUGAAUUUACGUCAACUUGGAAAAUAUCUUACAAUGAGAACACCGAUCCAACUGGCACAGUAACAACAAAUUAUAUUAAAAAAAUCUUUUCGACUUUCAAUAAAGUACACAAUCCAAGAAUUAUGAAAAUGCAUGAUUUGAAUACCACUGAGAAAACUUUGUUAGUAAAUAUUCAUAUUACAUCCUGGAAUACGGAGACCGAAGAGGAAAUUGAAGCACACAAUAUCGCAGCAAACAUAAAAUCCGCGUUGAGUUCUGAAGCGAAUGCAAGUUUCGUCAAUUUUUCAAGUGUUUACAGUUGUUUUAAAGAAGAUCGUAAUAAUUUAACCUGGCCAAAAACUGCUUUGGGGGAUGUAAGGAUCUCAAAAGAAUUUUGUUUUACUGCAAAUGCUACACAAUUAUCAAUAUCACGAACGUGUUCUGGCGACUUUAUCAGCGGAGCUCAAUGGUCAAAUUAUGAGGACUGUGAAUGUCUUGAAUGCCUUGACAACUCUUCCAUAACGGGCGAACUACUUCGCUUCUACUAUGAAAAGGAUCCUCUAGUUGACGAGUCUUACGAUACCAUUUAUCAGCUUUCCAACAAUUACACAAAAUUUGGUGCUUUGGACGUAUUUCUAAUCAGUGUCGUUUACUCUAAAAGCGAUUUUCGCAAACAUGUGGAAACAUUUGCAAAAACUAUCAGCAAUCUUCUGAACAUUGAGGAGAAGGUUUUGCGAAAAUCGCAAAUGAAGACAAACGCAACGGGACGUUUUCUUGAUUUUAUAAGUCGGGGGGCAACUGCAAGUGAUCUGAAUAUCACAACUAGCAAUUUUGCCUGCUAUUCUUUGCAAAAUAUGACUGGAGUAUCAGUCGUGGGCCCAAAAAUACAAAUAAAACAAACUUCUAUUCCGACCAAAAAUUUCGAUAGUGCCAUUAUGUUAAGUCAAAACAUUCCUGAUGAUACGAACAUAACGAUUUCAUUAUUUUUCAAGGACCAG